AUGGAUUUAACAAUUGAAGAUCUUCGUUCCGAAUUGGAAAAGAGAGGACUUGAUUCUGCAGGAGAGCAGAAAGAUUUACGAUCGCGAUUUGAAAAGGCACUUCAAGAUGAAAAGGAGCAAAAAAAAUCUUUAGAAACAAACCAAACAGAUACAUCUAAGAACACUCCAGAAUCUGAAGAUACAGCAAAAACAAAGAAGGAAGACGUAGUCCAAGAGGAAGCAAUGGUUGUAACUAAAGAAGGGGAGGUAGACACAGAGAAGAGAAUUGAAGCUGAUGUUGAUGAAAAAGACAAAGCUGAAACUUCCAAGGUUCAAACCCUUACACCUCCAGCAGCUGGGAAAACUGACACAACAGAUGAGAAGGAAUCGACUAAUCCCACUCUUGGCAGCACAACUCCACAAAAGGAAAAUACAGCAGGAAAUGAUGAUGCUGCUGCUGUUACAGGAAACAACUCGGUGGCUGAAACCAAAGAUUCUGCUGCAAAUCCUACUCCAGCAAGUAAAAGUGAAGAAAAUGAGUCACUGAUUGUUCUUGUAGAUGAUACACAAAAUGAUCUUGAUGCAGAUCUUUUGGCAAAAGAGAAAGCAAUCGGAAAGACUGAAAGCAAGAAAUCGGAUGCUACAAGUGCUGCUGGCGGUGGUGGUGAUGGUAGUUCCGUUUGCCCUCCAGAAACUGAAGCUAAAAGUAAUGAAGAAGGACAGGGGGAUAAAGGUAACCUGGAAGUGAAGACUGAGAAGAAAGCAGAUGAAAAGAAAGAUGAUAAAGAUGGGAAGUUGAAGAGUUCAUCCACAUCUUCUCGGGUGAAAUCAUCAAAAACUGCUGCCAGUGUAAAUCGAGAUGGCUGUAACUUGUGGAUAAGUGGACUGAGUAGCAACACAAAAGCAACUCAUUUGAAAGGAAUUUUUGCUAAAUAUGGCAAGGUUGUUGGUGCCAAAGUAGUGACAAAUGCUCGUAGUCCAGGAGCUCGAUGUUAUGGCUUUCUUACUAUGUCCUCUCCAGAGGAAGCAGCCAAAUGUAUUCAACAUUUGAAUCGGACCAAAAUAAACAAUCAAACUGUCACUGUCAAAAGUGCUAAAACCACCCCUGGAUUACAGCCCAUCAAAAUACAACCUGAAACAAAAUCCUCUGAGAAAGAAGUAACAAAAUCUGAAGAGAAAUCUCCAGAGAAAAAGUCGUCAGAGAAAAAAGUGACAGAGAAGAAAUCUGAAGAGAAUGCAGCUAACAAGAAGAAACUUUUGGAGAAGUCAUCUGAGAAGAAAAAUAUUGGAAAGCCUUCAGAGAACAAAAAAUCUACAGAAAAGAAGCCAGACAGAGUGAAAGUAAAGAAAGAUGGAAAAGGUCUAAGUCAAUCUGAAAAGGUUGAGAGCCAUUCGAAAACAUCGUCAAGGUCCUCUUCAGAUAAAACCAAAAUGUUGAGUCCAACCAAAACUCCAUCCAAAACUUCAUCCCAUUCACCGAGACAUUCAAGACACCACAGAUCCAGAGAACAUUCUACUGACAAAUUGGAAAGAGAUUUUAAACUAACGUUAGAAUUAAAGCAGAGGAAGAAUUAUCUGGAAAGAGAAGUGAGACGACAAGAAAGACAGAUUGAUCAUGCCAGAUUGGUUGAACUUGAAUUGCAGAGAAGACAAAAGGAAGAGGCUUACAGAUUGGACAGAGUUCGUGAAGAACUGAGGAUGGAAAGGGAAAAAUUAGAAAGAGAACGUCUGAAAUUGGAACGUGCUGAACAAAGCCAGCUGUGGAAAGAACGUCAGCAAGCUGAUAUGUUCAAUGGAUUUGAGAGAGAAAGGCAUGCCAUGAAAAGACCUUAUGAUAGAAAAACAGCUCACAAUGACAACAUGUGGGAUGAAAUGAAACGACCAAAUAUGGGAAGCAGUGGUGCUUCUACCUCUAGAUUUGGUCGUUCUUUCUCUGAUGAAACAUGGUUUGGUGAGCAUGAAGAUAAUUAUGAUCGAAGAGGAGAUUCCUAUUACAAUAGAGAUGGCAAGCCCAUGGAAUCAGUUGGUCGUUUUUCUGAUUCUAACCAUGGUCGAAUUAACCACAGCCCACAAAGAGCAGGUCAUGAGAGAUAUGGCCCACCAGAAAAUAGUUCUAGGCUGGCUGAUCAUGUUUCGGCUGAUAAUAGGUUUGAACGGAGAGACCUCGGUUCUGUUGGCUACCAUGGGCAUGACACGGAUCACAGGAACUUAGCAGCAGACAGAGAGAGAGAAAUGGACCGAAGGAAUGUAUCUGCACAUGAAAGACUAGGAAGACUCAGGAAUCAACUGGUUGGUGGCUCCAAUUGGAAAGUUGACAAUUGGUCUCAUUCUCAUGGUGGAAUGGACACUGGUCAUCACCAGUGGAUGGGCAACAAUAUGAAUCCCAAUUAUGAACGAGGAAAUGGUGUUAGUGGCAGCAGAGGUUUUGGUGGUGGCAGCGGCUCUUCAAACAGCGGUGGUGCACAGAAUUUAGGACCGGGCAAUAUGUUUAACACAAUUGCCCAACCACCAGGCAUGAUGGCUGGUGGUGGUGGUGGAAACAAUUUGGGUUCCAGAAUGCAGGAGCCUCGUUUUGAUGCUUACAAAAAUAUGGAACAUGGAGGAAAUCGGAGAUACUGA